AUGGGUGAAGAAGAAGUGGAAGAGAAGAGGAGAAAGAGAGGAAGGAGUGAUGGUGGUGGAGAUGGGGAUGGAGAUGGGGAUGGGGAUGGGGAUGGCGACCACAAGAGACAAAGAAGAAAUAUAAGUGAUGAAAAUCCUCCUAGUGGGCCAGAGGAGCGAGAUUUAUAUUGUCAUGAAAAUAUACAAGAUUUAAUUAGAGGAGAAGAUGGUGAGAGAGAAUGUGCUAAUGAAGAGGGUGGACUGGAUGAACAACUCUAUCAACAGCAUGAAGACAUUACUCGCCUCCCUACCAUGAGAGGAGAUUCAGAACCUUCCAGUCCCACCAUUGAAGAUGAUAGAGAAUCAAACGAGCAUCCUCAGCAAGAGGAAAACCUCUCUGACAGAGAAGCCGCUGCAGGAGCAGAGGAGGCUGUUCAGCCAGGAGAAGAAGAUAAAAGAUGA